AUGUGGAAUUUGAAUAGAAUAGGUCUAGCUUUCUAUGAUUUUAGAGCUAGACAUCAUUCAUAUUUUCGUGAAAAAUUACUAUUCACUUUCGUAGUCUGCGAUGAGAUGAAAUUGGGAUUUAUGACGAUGCUAGCAGGGACGCACACCUACAACUACGGAGUUUAUCAGGCCAUUGCAGAUUCUAUGAUGGUAAAAGAGAAAGCUAUAUUUAAAAAAGAAGUGCUGACCGGACUUUGCAUGGAAUGUUCGAGUAUCUCAACGCAAAACAAAUGGGGUACAAUCUGUUUGUGGAUAAUUUUAGGGCCAGUUCAUGUGAUCGUUGAUCUCGAGGGCGGCUAUCGUAUGAGGAUGUUUUUAAGAGCGCUUGAAGAAAGUGUGCUUGUCAAGAAGGAGUACCACUAUGUUUUCGCAAAUUUUGAAAUGGAAGAUGCAGAUUUGGCCUCAUUCCACUAUUCGUUGAUCAAUAUCACGGGUUUUCAAAUGUUUGAUCGAAUGGAUAAAAAAUUUGUGUGA